AUGCCGUCCACAACAGUCGGCCCGAACGUGACGGCCGUGCAACCAAACACCACCACGACUGUGAACGCAACCUCAUCGCCACUGAACACGACUGUGAACGCAACCUCAUCGCCUCUGAACACGACUGCUGAACCCCUCAGCAACACCACCGCCACUGCUAAUAUCACAAUGACAACACUCAACACAACCACCAUCACUCCUAAUGUCACAAUGACAACACUCAACACAACCACCAUCACUCCUAAUGUCACGGUGACAACAACCCUCAACACAACCACAACAAAUUUAACCACAACUGAGUCAGCUGAACGCCAGGCCGAUGCGCUGCUGGAGCUGACCAGAAACGUGGCCAACCUGAACUCCAGCCAGGUGGAUCAGCUGGUGUCUCAGCUGCUGGAUCUGUUGUCAGGGCCGACCAUCAGCCUGGCUCUGGGAAACAACACCGUCCACAUUGUCAGCAAUCUGCUGGGUGCUCCUGCUGAGGUGCUGGCCGACUCCUCCAGCAGGAUUAUAGAGAUCAUUGACACAGUGGGGGUGAAGCUGGUCCUCAACGAUCAGGCUGAGACCCUCUUGGCCUCGGCCGUGGCUUUGUCUGUGAAACCAGUAGAUGGCAGCAACUUUCAGGAGACGGUUUUUUCCAUCUCAGACCCCACGAAUGUACUGGUCCGUGGGGAUCCCAGGUCGAGGAGGAGCGUGAGAGCAGACUCCUCUAUCCCUCAGGGCUCCAUCAGGCUCCCCCCCACCCUCACACAGGACCUGACCACCGAGCAGAAACAGCUGGCCUCACGAGUCCAGUUCAAUUUCUACCAGAAGAGCACAGUGUUCCAGGACAGCUCUAUGGGUGAACGCAAACUUAACAGUGGCAUCCUGGGAGCGAGUGUGGCCAACCUGUCAAUCACAGGACUGAAGGACGAUGUUGUGAUUCACUUGAGGAACAAGGGACCAAUUCCUGUGAAUUUCAAAAUCGUGUGUGUUUUCUGGGACUUUGCAUCUAAUAAUGGGUCAGGUGGUUGGGAAGAAGACGGCUGCUCUGUCCUGAACAGCACAGACAACAUGACGACUUGUGGCUGCAACCAUUUAACCAGUUUUGCAAUCCUGCUGGACCUCGCCAGACAACCUUUAACCGAUCCUGUCCAGGCCACCAUCCUCACCUUCAUCACAUACAUUGGCUGCGGAAUCUCUGCCAUCUUCUUGUCUAUCACCCUCCUCACCUACUUGGCGUUUGGGAAAUUGCGUAAGGACAUUCCAUCCAAAAUCCUGAUCCAGCUGUGUCUGUCUCUGCUGCUUCUGAACCUCGUCUUCCUGAUUGACGCUUGGCUGGCGCUCUACCCAGACGCCCUGGGCCUCUGCAUCUCCACAGCCUGGUUCCUUCACUACUUCCUGCUGGUUUCCUUCACCUGGAUGGGACUCGAGUCCGUCCACAUGUACAUGGCCCUCGUCAAGGUCUUCAACAACCACGUAUCGCACUACAUGCUGAGGUUCUCGUUUGCCGGCUGGGGCAUCCCGAUGAUCGUGGUCAUCAUCGUGAUCGCUAUUGACAAAGAUAACUAUGGUCUUGUCUCCUAUGGGAAGUUUCCCGAUCGUCCUGCUGAUAGCUUUUGCUGGCUGAAAAACGACAUCGCCUUCUACGUCUCCGUGGUGGCGUAUUUCUGCGUCGUUUUCCUCUUCAACGUGGUCAUGUUCGUUGUGGUGGUGGUGCAGCUGCAUCGCAUAAAGAAGCAGAACCCACACAACACGCAGCACCGCACCACGCUGCAGGAUCUGCGCAGCUUGGUGGGGAUCACCAUCCUCCUGGGCCUCGGCUGGGGCUUCGCCUUCUUCGCCUGGGGGCCCGUGAACCUGGCGUUCAUGUACCUCUUUGCCAUCUUCAACUCCUUGCAAGGUUUCUUUAUAUUUGUGUUCCACUGCGCAGUGAAGGAAAACGUGAGGAGGCAGUGGAGGAUCUACUUGUGCUGCGGCAAUCUGAGACUGGCAGAGAACACGGAAUGGAGUCGUAAUGCGACACAGAAGACUACGAAGAAGUCUUCAGUGACCAGACUGACGUCCCUCCAGUCGUCCCAGUCCAACUCAUCCAGCUCCUCCUCUUUUCUCGACCACAAUACACCACAACACACAACAGAGCAGCCUCGUGGCAUUGGAAGCCCAUAUGACGACCGAACAAUCAGAGAAGAUGAAGAGCCCAGCAUGGACGUGGUCCACAAUGAGAUCAACAGACAGUACAGAACCCAACAAGCCUCCUGA